ACCCGGAAGUGAAAGUCGAGCGAUGGGUGACGGACAGCUCAGCGCUAACAGUGACUUCCUGUGUGACAGUGUGAACCUGCCGCACUGAAACACCUCCUCCUGAUGUGCACUUAGUUCCUCCGUCUCGGCAGCCGUGCUCCCCGCUCCCUCCUCAGCCUCCUGUCUGUCAGCUAGUACCGGUGCCGGACUCCUGUUCCUUGCAGUGGGUCCCUGUCCGUCCUUACCAUGAACACGGCUCUGUCUCGGGCUAAUUCCCUGUUUGCCUUCUCCCUGAGUGUGAUGGCCGCCCUCACUUUCGGCUGUUUCAUCACCACCGCCUUCAAAGAUCGUGUGGUGCCAGUCAAUAUCCAUGUGUCCAGAGUCAUGCUAGAAAAUGUUGAAGAUUUCACUGGUCCAAGAGAACGGAGCGAUCUUGGUUUCAUCACUUUUGAUUUAAAUGCUGAUUUGCAGCCAAUAUUUGAUUGGAAUGUGAAGCAGCUAUUUAUUUAUUUAUCAGCUGAAUAUUCAACUAGAAGCAAUGCUUUGAACCAAGUUGUUCUUUGGGACAAGAUCAUCCUUCGAGGGGAUAAUCCAAAAUUGUCUUUAAAAGAGAUGAAAUCAAAGUAUUUUUUCUUUGACGAUGGAAAUGGUCUAAAGGGAAAUCGCAAUAUUACACUCACUCUUUCUUGGAACGUUGUCCCAAAUGCCGGGAUCCUACCUCUUGUUACAGGUUCAGGGCACAUCUCCAUUCCAUUCCCAGAUAACUAUAAAACUACAAUGAGUUACUAAGUUACUGCAAGAAUCCUUUUUUUUAUUUUUGUUCUUUUUAUUAAAUAUUCCUGUACAUUUUGAAAAUAUCCUGCCUAAAUUUCAUACUUGCAAAAUAUAAACAAGACAUUAAUUUUACAUAAAGAGAACCCAUUGGAGAAGGAAUCAUAUUUCAAUAAACUAGAAUAGCCAUGUGGCUAAGAGCCUCCCUGUAAAUAAAUCUGAAAAAAAUUCAAUUUUUAUGUUUUUAUUUUCAGUUUUUACAUGUAUACGUCCUCUACAGAAGGGAAAAAAAGGACUCCUGUUCACAAUAAUGCAAUAAGUUGUUACUGCACAUUGUUGAGCCUUGUAACUUGACAAAAUCCAAAUGAUGUCCAUUUAGAAUAUUGUUUUUUUGUUUUCGUUUUUUUAUCCCCUGCUAUCAAAAUACAUAACAAGGAACAUAUCCUUGUAUAUAAAUGAAUGUCCACUGUCUAAGCACUGUUUUUCAAUAAAACUACCAAAUGUUGUGA